GGAGGUAAACAGAGGGAAAAGAACAGAGGGAGAAGGGGGGGAAAGAAUAACAGAGAAGAAAGCAAGAAAAGAAGUAGGGACCGGAUGACAUUCACACAGUCUUUAGCAGGACAAGCCUCCACGUGUGUGUGACUGACUGAGAGACAGAAAGAUAGAGAGCGAGGGAGGAAGAGUGAAAAGGGCGCCUGAGGGGGUAGGAAGAGCGCAGAGGUGCCGGGACAGCCCUGAAGGGACACCUGAGCCCUGAAAGAAACACCUCCUGAAGUAUCAGGAAGUGAGCAGAACCCCAUGGGAGACGGAGUCAGAGGAACACCCGACAACAACCUGCUGUCGCUCCUCCUCCCUCUCCUCCUCCUUCUGCUCCAUCCUCACUCCCUCUCUCAUCUGAUCCCAUCCCUCACUCCCUGCGCAGGAGUGGGAGAGCGUGCACGGAGAGAAGAGUCUGGGCGAUAUCCAAGACGUGGUGACUAAAGGGAAGUCAAAGAGCCAUAAGAGACUAAGAGAAGGAACCAGAGAUGGCGCUUACGUCCCUUUCCUGGUGUCUCGGUGCAGCUCUGGUGCUGCUCUGGCCCCAGACGCACUCAGCACUGGCCCCUGAGAACGAGGUGCCCCUUCGGCCAACUACAUGGUUACCGGAGGGGAAGAUCACAGUAAUCACUCUGCCCAAAGGACGAACUCGCAGGCUGUACUUCACGCUGAAGAAGAAGGCUCCGGGGAUGUCAGUGACAGUCAGCCCCUGUGACCUCCCCAUUGAGUGGAGUCUGGCUGCGCGCACCCUGAAGGACAAACCCCUGAAGAGCCUGCAGUGGAGUACCAAAAAGAGUGUGCCUGAGGUUUGGUGGCGAGGUCCUGGUACAGAGGAGAAAAUUCACAGCUACACAGGCAAUGCAGUGGACACCUACAAAGGUUCUUCCUACCCUCAAACUUCUGUGUACAUCCUGAGGCUUUGCUCCAAACAGAAGAACAGCAGAGCCACCGUGUUCCUCCAUGAAGGCCUGGGACCUCCAGGCGCCUUCCCUCUGCUCCCAGCUGACCCUCGAGUUCACACGCUGGGUGUCGGCAUGACCAGCGUCACCCUCAGCUGGGCGUCCAGUGCCUCCAUCACCAGCCUCCCACCCACACAGAAAAGUUACGAAUACUGUGUCCUCGCCAACUCUCAGCAAAGCUACCCCAGUGUCUGUGCUGCACGACAGAGCGUGAGGAAAGAGAAGGAUGAUAAGGAGGAGAAGAAGGAGAGGAGGAGGAGGGUGACAGCUUGGCCGAUUUUGAAGGAGUGGUGGUGGCAGCAGUGGGACUCUGAAACCCAGAGUGCACCAUCCUCCCUCGUUGAUGAGUUUGCUGAUCUGCAGUGUUCUUGUCAGGGGACGGAGAGCGUCUGCACUGUCUCUGAUCUCCUCCCAGAAACCCAGUAUUACUUUGAUGUCUUUGUGAUUGACAGGCUGAAUGGGACCAGUUCAGCCUACAAGGGGACGUAUGCUCGGACACACGAGGAGGCCCGCCCAGCGAUCACCACCCUGAGAGACGGGGAGCUGAGGUGGGUGACCUUCCAAGACAGGGGCUUCCGCUCAGAGCAGUUCUUCAGUUUCCGUCCUCGGGGUUUGCAGCAGAGUGGCCUCCUUACCCUGCAGAGCUGCGGCAAAGGUGAAAAAGUCAAAGUGACUGUUUCGAGUAAAGGCCAGGUUCUUACAACAAAGGCUGUGGUUGGAGACUUGGAGCACAUUUGGCUCCAGGGAAGUCCUUCCUAUCUAAUCCACCUGGAGAGAGAAGGAACUACAACAGAGCCAGCUCUACCUGGAGGUCUGACGGCUUCAGUUAAACUGCAGACCUCCUCAGCCUACCACCGCAGAGGGGUCCCAUCUCUGCCCUCCACCCUGCAGAUAAAGUCCUUUAACCAGUUACGAGGUUGCAACAGUGUCACCCUGGCCUGGAUGGGCACGGAGGAAAGAAGCUUGUACUGCGUGUACCGAAGAAAGCUAGGGAGCAGCGAUGCAGAGACUGGGGCUCUGACUGCACCCUGUCUGGGGCCAGAGUCCCGCUCUGACACCGAGAGAGUUCUCUGCAAGUAUUUCCAGGAGUUGAAUCCUCGGAGGGCCGUCACUACAGCUGUGAUCGGGGGCCUGGAGCCAGGGAUGGCCUACGUGUUUGAUGUCUAUCUAAUGAGACGCUGGGGGAUCCCUAUAAAGUACGCCAGCAAGAUGGUGAAGACCAGAAAGGAGUGCUGAGCUGCCGCCCCCUACAGGAGGUUUUUAGACUGUCCCGGUUACAGGGGAAAAUGCAUCGGCCAUGGACAUGAUGUAAAGACUGACCAUGAGAAUGAAGCCGUUUGACUGUUGUGGAGAGACUGUUACCAUAACAAGGAAAUAUUCCCUCUGGAGGAGCAAUGGAUGAGGUCAAGCUAUACUUGCACUGCUCAUGCAAGUGGAUGGAAAGCAUAUGAGAAGGAUCUGUACACCAGCAAAAGUUCAUAACAUUUACAAUACAACUCUUGUGCUUUUGUCAUUUUGUUUUCCAUUGUUGAUCAUGGUAAUGAUGUGCCAGUUGUCCAAGUGCUUAUUCUGUGUGUGAGUACAAAGGACAGACGAGGUUUUUGAUGACAGAAAGUCAAUAUGAAAACAACAACAGAGACUGUGCCAAAUAUGCAACAGAAACAGAUGGGGGCAAUAAUUGGAUAACAUCUGAGACAGGGGGGUUUGCAGUGUAUAUCUCCAGUGCUGCAUAUUGUACAGGCUUAUAAACACAGAUGGGUGCAAUCUACAGAAGCUUAGUUCAAAGUCAGUGUGUAUCUUUGUGUUCUGCUUUUGCAUGAAGCAGUGAAAAAUACUUAGUGACUUGCCUCAUUGUCUUUGAUGUAUUCUUGUGCUGCUUCAAAUGCACCAAUAAAUUGGGGUAUCUGUGG